GCGGCAGCGAGCGGGACCCCGGGCCAGCCGCUGCCGGGCCGCCAUCCGCACUCGGCCCCAGGGAGCCCGCCCGCCCUCGCCGCCGCCCUCGCCGCUGCCGGGCGCCGCUCGCCGCCGAGGACCGCGAGCCCGAGCCGCCCGCCGGAGCCCGCCCGCCGCCCCGCCAUGGCGAUCGCAAGGCAAGUGCUUUGUCUCUCCGCUCUCCUCUCGCUGCCGCACGCUCGCUCCCAGCCCCUGCGCUACUCCGUAGCCGAGGAGGCGCCGAGCGGCUCGCUCGUAGCCGACGUGGCCGAGGACGCGGGGCUGGCCCCGGCGCAGCUCUCGGCUCGCCGCGCCCGCCUGGCCUCGGAGGACGGCCGGCAGCGCUUGCGCUUGGACCGCGCCACCGGCCGCCUCGUCGUGGCCGAGAGGCUCGACCGGGAGGAGCUGUGCGCCCAGGCGCCCGCCUGCACGCUGCCCUUCGAGCUGCUGCUGGCCGACCCGCUGCAGUUCCUGCGCAUCGAGGUGGCCGUGCGGGACAUCAACGACCACUCGCCCCGUUUCCCGGACGAGCAGGUCACGCUUAAGAUAGCGGAGAACAGCAACCCGGGCUUGCGUUUCGCGAUGGAGGUGGCUCAGGACUCCGAUGUCGGCAUUAACAGUGUCCAGGGUUACAGCAUCUCACCCGAGAACGAGUACUUUAGUGUUUCCUUUGGGAGUCGGGCUGCGGGGGACAAAUAUGUUGAAUUGGUUUUGGAAAAGGCUCUAGACAGAGAAAGGCAGGCUGACAUGGCUUUCAGUCUCAUUGCUGCGGAUGGUGGCUCUCCACCGAGGAGUGGCACCACCCAAAUCCGCAUUAUCGUUCUGGAUGCAAAUGACAACACUCCAGUCUUCACAGAGGACCGGUACAUUGGUCAGAUUAUGGAAAAUGCCCGAGAGGGCUCUGUCGUUCUGAGGGUGGUGGCAACUGAUCUGGAUGCAGGUAUUAAUGGGGACAUCUCCUAUCACUUCAGCCAAGAGGUGGGCCAGAGCGAAUCAGCAUUUGCAAUUGACCCUAAGAGCGGUGAAAUUAAGCUCAUCAAGGCUCUGGACUUUGAGGAAGCUGAGAAACAUGAGCUGAGUGUGCGGGCGACAGACGGUGGGGGACUCUCAGCAAUCUGCAAGGUGUUGGUGGAGGUUGUGGAUGUGAAUGACAAUGCACCAGAGCUGGUGGUGAGCUCCUUCAGCAGCUCCCUCCCUGAGAACGCCUUACCUGGGACGGUGGUAGCUUUCUUUAAUGUUAAGGAUCGUGAUUCUGGUGCUAAUGGGAAGAUCACCUGUGCGCUUGAGGACCAGCUGUCAUUCUUCCUCCGUUCGGCCUAUAAGAAUUACUAUGAGCUGGUGACCAUGAGCACACUGGACCGGGAAGAGAAAGAACAGUAUAUCAUCACUGUCAGAGCAGCAGACAUGGGGUCACCUCCUCUCACCACCACACACACCUUCACGGUGGAAAUUUCUGAUGUCAACGACAAUGCACCUGUCUUCAAUCAGACAUCAUACACCAUGUACGUGCAUGAGAACAAUAUUCCCACAAUGCUGGUUGGAGUUGUCCAUGCGUCAGAUGCUGACAUUGGGCCCAAUGCCAAGGUGACCUAUUCCCUGGCACCAGUUCACACUGCAGAGCAGCCUCCCUGUUCCUGUAUUUCUAUGAACUCUGAGAACGGGCACGUGUUUGUGCUGCGUCCUCUGGACUAUGAGCAGCUGAAGCAUGUUGAGGUCUUGGUGAUCGCGUCUGAUGCAGGGUCUCCUCCUCUCAGUGCCAAUGCCACUGUCCACCUUGUUGUGGUGGAUGAGAAUGACAAUGCCCCACUGGUGCUGCACCCAGCCCAGGACGGCAGCCCAGCAUCCAGCGAGCUGGUGCCCAUGUCGGCUGAGGCGGGGUACCUGGUCACCAAAGUGGUGGCUGUUGAUGCUGACUCAGGGCAGAACUCAUGGCUCUCAUACCACCUGCUGAAGGCCUCUGACCCUGGGCUGUUUGUGGUGGAAGCCCAAAGUGGGGAGGUGCAUCUGAGGAGGCCAGUGACAGAGAGAGAUGCGUUGAAGCAGAAACUUGUCAUUCUGGUGCGGGACAACGGGCGGCCACCACUGUCAGCCACGGCAGCAUUGAGUGCACUCCUGCUGAAUGAUUUCUCAGAUGUGCGCCUGCCACACAGCAGCCUGACCAUGGAGGUUGAGGAUGACCCCUUGACAACCUAUUUAAUCAUUUCCUUGGUCUUUGUCUCACUGCUCUUUCUUGCAUCCAUGGCGGCCUUCAUUGCUUUCAAGAUGUGCAAGAGAAAGGAUCUGAAGGAUGGCCAUGUGAUUUAUGCUGCCAACAACUUGCAGAGCAGCCUGGCUGAGGCAGCCUCUGCAGGGACCCUGCCCCAUCCCUAUUGCUACGAGAUCAGCCUCACGACGGGCUCUGGCAACAGCGAGUUCAAGUUCCUGAAGCCCAUCCUGCCCAGCCUGCCACCACAGCGCUGUGCUGUGGCCGGGGGCUCUGAUGAUGAACAGGAUUUUCCCCAAGGCCCCCUCACCACUGAGGAUGUGGCACCAGAGAAUGCAGGGAUGCUCUCUGCAGAGCAGUUCAAUAGUCUUUCCUUUAACUAGGACAGAGGCAGCAGAGGCAGCACACUCAGGCCUCUCCGAUAGGAAGGCCUCUGAGCUACAAACUGCGGUGAUUUUUUCUCCAGAGUUCAUCUGCAUUUGCAACUGCCAUCAUGGUUUUCCAUCAAAUUCUAAGGCAGAAGAAAUGUUGUCUCCCUUUCCAAAAAUCAAGCCGAAGAAACUAAACGCUCCCUCAAACAAGUAACAACGUUUCAUCUCUGUUACAGCCAUUUCUGACUGCUUUGAGAGCAGCAGUAAUCCCAGUGCUCUCGGCCUGUGUCUCGUCUCCCUUGCUGUUGGGCAAGACCGUCGACCUCUUAGUCUGUGCUGUAAUGCAAUUUGAAGUUCAGGCCACCUAAUCAAAUCUGUGCUGAAAUGCACUCAGCCCUCAUUCAGGUCCGCAAACUGAGGAAGUUGUGAGUGCUGUGUUAAAAUGUGAUGCAUGCAGGGGGGUGUUUCUUCUCUAGGUUCUGGAUGAUUCUGUCUCUGAGAAGUGUGGGCUUUGUAUGAUUUGCCUUCUGGUCACUGUGUCUCUCCAUCCAGAUAUUCUGUGACUCCAAAGGCUACACACAGGCUGCUCAGGGAAGCAGGGAGCUGCUCACAUGCAAGCGUUGUGGUGCAUAGCAUUCCACCUCAGUAGAAUGCUGAGUGCCUUUGGGUACCAAAGUCUCAUCUUCCAUAGGGGAGAUAGUAAAGGACCCAAGAGCUUCCCUGGCCUUUUAGGUUGUGUGGGUUGGCUUUCUCCUUGUGAUUUCCUUUGAAAUACAGGAGCAGUAACGGUAGUGCGAUUGAGUAGGA